AUGUUUGUCACUGUGAUAUUUGGUGAAGGAAAAGAAGAGUUAUUGAACCUAAACUGCAAGAUUAUAAACUUUAUCCAUUGCAUAAAAGAGAAAUGCAAUCUGGAUGCCCAAGAGGCUGUGGACUUGAUGGACAUGAUGGGAGAACUGGUGAACUUGACAGAGAAAGCACAAAGCACUGACCUCAUCAGCAGUUUGCUGAAGGAGAGAGAGAGCUAUAUUCCAUUACGCGUGUCACGAGGUGAAGGCACUGAAGGGCCUAAAUAUUCUGCAGUUUAUGGUGACUUUGGGACAAGUUACCCUGAGCUAGCAGAGGUCCUAGGAAAGUUGUCAAAUCCCUCAAAGGACCAAGACAAAAGGGGUGGUGCAUCAAAAAAGGGUGGAGUCAGUCUAAACCGUCUCAAAGCUGCUGUCAAGAGAAGAGUCACAAUGACACCUCGGAGCUGA